ACAACUACCACACAUACGCACACCCAAAACAACAUAAAACCCCCCAAAGAAAUCACAAGCUAGCAGCAGCCUGAGACCAACUCGAUCGAGAGCUGAUCCCCACAGACGAUGCUAGAAAAAUGGACAACAUGGCCACAAACCCCAACUUCUCCAAACAAGUUUCCACUCCCUUGCUCAUCUCCCUCAUCGGCAUAGCCGCCACAGCUCUAGCCAUAGCCAUCUACAACUUCGUCGUGACCAAGUGCUGUGCCGCCGCCAGGAGCCGCCAACCCACCAACACGCCGCCGUACUCCUCCGACACCGACAGCCCGUCCCGAGGGCUCGACCCGAAGCUCCUCGAAACCAUCCCCGUGGUCUCUUACUCGGGCCUCGAAUCCGACGUCGACCGGGCCGAGUGCGCGAUCUGCCUCGCCGAGUUAGAGGAGGGCGAGUCGGUUCGGCUGCUGCCCAAUUGCCGGCACGCGUUCCACGUGGCCUGCGUGGACCGAUGGCUCGCGGGCCACACGAAUUGCCCCGUCUGUCGAUCCCCGGUUGUUGCGCCGGUGGGUCCAAUGCUGACAACAACAACGAGCGGUGGUGAAGUUGGGCCUGCGGUUUUCGUUCAGGAAACGAGCAGGCCCAGCAACAUCCCGCACAAGCGUCUGGCAUCGCAGCACCCUCGCGAUUGCGACAGAUUAACGGGUCGUGGUGGGGGGUUGCUCAGGCAUUGCGCGUCGGUGGAUUUGCCCGCGGGGGCGCACGGGUUGGGGUUGUUGAAGCUGAAGCGAUCGUACUCGAUGGAUCAGUCGUUUCUUGUUGUGAUUGAAAUGGUGGGGAGAGAGAGCCAUGAGAUCAGGGGUGUUUGUUCGUCGUCGUCGUUGUCAUCUUCUUCUUCUGCUUCUUGUUCGAAUAAAUUUGAUCGAUCAGUUAGGCAUUUGGACCGUGUGUCGGCCAGGUUGUUGAGGUCUUUCUCGCGGUUGAGGAUGGGGAGGGGUGGGACCGGUAACGGAAUGCUUCUGCCUUACUGAGCUGUUUUAUUUUUAUCUCUUAUAGUAAUUUUUUGGGAAAUUGUGUUGUUUUGGUACUAUGGUUUAAGCAGCACCAUGCAAAGCGGUUACGUCGGUCGUCAAUUCGGCCGUUCAUCUCGAUAAUCGAUGGUUUGGAUCUUAACUGAGUAAUGAACGGUUCAAAUUUGUAU